AACAAAUCAGUCCCGCAUUUUCCUCCUCCGCUCGCUGGACAUGGCCUCCUCCGGUGAACCGCCGCUGCGCCGACAGUAGCACGACGCUCACACACUUCCUCUCGUUCUAUCGACACGUGGUAUUCGCGCCCCAUUCUUGUAGUGACAAGUGAGGUGGUUGGGUGAGGUGGGUGGCAGGGGUGCGUCGCUGCAGGCGUUGCGACUGAUGCCGUUGCCGUUCCAGCUGAGGAACCACCACGGUCACGCCGUGAUGGAGCACAGGCCGCCGCCGCCGCCGGCCGCUAGGGUGUCGGUGUUCCGGAGGCUGCUGGUGCGGGUGUCCUCGGCGGAGCGGGUGCAGGCCGGGGACGGCAAGGACGAGAAGCCACCGGACACAGAGGUGGGAUCGUUGGGGCUGGACCGCAUGGUUCUAAGCUUCAUGGAGGACGCGGCCGCCGUGGACUCGCGACCACCCCAGCGCGGGCGCUGCAACUGCUUCAACGGGAGCGGCCACCACGACAGCAGCGACGACGAGGCGUUCGACUUCCUCCCCUCCGGCCACUCCGCCCCCUCCUCGGCCUCCAAGGCCCUCGCCGGAGACACCUUGGAGGCUCUAAAGGGUUUGGUGCAGAGCGCGAGCGUGGCGGAGCGGAACCUCCUCGCCGACGCGUCCAGGAUAGCCGAGCGGUGCCGCAAGGGCGGCAAGAAAAAGGCCGACGUUCGCCGCGCCGUCGCCGAUGGCCUCAGAGCCCUCGGCCACGACGCCGGCGUCUGCAAGUCGCGCUGGGACAAGACGCCCUCCUUCCCCGCAGGGGAGCACGAGUACAUCGACGCGGUGCUGGGGGAGACGUCGACGGCGAGGCUGAUCGUGGAGGUGGACUUUCGGUCGGAGUUCGAGGUGGCGCGCUCGACCAAGGCGUACCGUGCGGUGCUGCAGACGCUGCCGUCGCUCUUCGUCGGGACACCGGGCCGCCUGGGGCAGAUCGUGGCCGUAGCCGCCGAGGCCGCGCGGCAGAGCCUCAAGAAGAAGGGCCUCCACUUCCCGCCCUGGCGCAAGCCCGAGUACAUGCGCGCCAAGUGGCUCUCCCCCCACGUCCGCUGCUCCGACGACAACAAGCCGCCGUCCCCGACGCCGGUGUCCGCCGCGAGCUUCACCGGCGAGUUCGAGCUGCGGUUUGACCGGAAGACGAAGGGGCACGAAUCUUCCCCCGCCCGCGACGAGGACGGUAGCAUCGUGGAGCAGAAGAUCACGGUGGUGGUGUCGCCGUCGCCGUGGCGCCCGGUGGGGCCGGAGGCGAGGAAGAAGAGGCCCAUCGCCGGGCUCGCCUCCGUGCUCUGAGCUAAGCGGCAGUUGAAUAGCUACCGAUUACCGAUAGUUCCUAGUACUCCAACUCCGAUCCGUUACUAGCUUAGCACAAGACAAGAGCUCUCUCUCUCCCUCUCCAAUUUUCUCUGUUUUCCUCUUGGUUUCUUGAUCCGUCCGAGGUCUAGCUCUUGGCGUUUUCGCAGUUUGUCCGGUUUUCUGGACAAGAGAAAAACGCCUAUUUUCCCUUUUCAUUAGCAACUUUUCUGGUUUCCACAAUUGGGGAGAGCUAGGAAUAGUCUAGCAGUUUUUUGUUAGUAUGAGUGUAUUCCUCGCCCCUUUUUAUUGAGAAAAAUGUAGUCAGUCCAUUAGGAA